CCGGGCUCCCCCUUCCCGCACCCCUCCGCUCUGGCCCAGCCGCGGGCGGAGUUCCCCAGCCAGUGGCCCGGUCCGCCCCCGCCCCCCAUGCGCUGCUCGCUAUAUAGCCGCAGCACCGAGCUCCUCCAGCAGCGGUGGAGCAGAGUCACCCGCGGCAGGAGCGAGCGAGCGCGCGCGCGCCAGAGCCCCGCGAGCCAGCCUGGGACUGCAGGACAGAGCUUAAAAAAAGAUGAUAAAAAUGAUGCACUUUUUCAACAGCAGUCCUUUUGGGAUGGAUAAGAUUUCUAAGGACUGCGUCACUGGAGUAAAGCUGCCUGGAAAACCUUCCACAUCAUCAGAAUCCGAACCAGAUAUUGUGUCUAUUGAAUCAGCUGUGGAAGAGACCCAGCCAAAAGAUCAGAUGAAAACUGAAAGCCAAGGACAAGAUUCUGCUCUCGGAGACUCACAUGAACCUUCCACUGAAGCCAAUGAGAGCUGUCCUCAUUCAUCUGAGUGCAGAGAUAGUCCCAAAAAGAAAAAGAAGGGAAUAAAGGGAAAACUAAAAGAUGCCUUUUCCAAUUUUUGGGGUGGUCAGAAGAUAGAGAAUCUAAUAGAAAACGAUGGAGUAUUGACAGCUGAACAUAUCAGAGAGCACCUUGAAAGUGACCAUUUCUUCGAUGCCACACAACAGCUGAUUGCUCUGGAGUGGGCCCUCUACAGGAACUUAAGUGGCAAGAGUGAAGAGGAAUUGUCAAGGGAGCAAAGCGAAGUGGAAUCACUCUAUGAACUACUGAGGUGUAAAGUCUUCAGCAUCAUAAAGAAUUCGAUAAUCCUAGCACCAGCUAAUCCAAAGUUACUACGGCAUGCUGUGUACGCAAUAGAAGAGCAGGAGGUGGAGGAUGAGAAAUACAAGUCAGAGAAGCCACCUGACAAGAUCGUGAGUUACAGACCCAGAAAAUGGAGGGAGGUUUGGAUGGACACAGUGAAGCAGUCUGUAGCUGAUCGUAUGAAAGACAUCCAGCGCACUAGCUGUGCUGAGAACCUGUCUACAACUGCUCAUUGCCUCCUGCACAUGGGAAGGACAAUGAAAGAGGAUAUGACAACAGUGGUGGAAUGCAUUAAACAACAUUACCAUGCGCAGUUUAACGUGUGCAGCACAUAUGCAGAAUGUUACCACAGCUAUUUCUCUUCUCAGCUGCAGCAGAUUGCUGACUUUGAACUGGGAGAUAAGGACACAUAUCUCCUCCUCACUUGGGUGCAGAACCUUUAUCCAAAUGACAUAAGAAAAAAUUCCAUUUUAGUGAAAGAGUUGGAUGAAGCCAAACUGGGGAGCCUUUUGCCACCCAAAAUGAUCAAACAGCUUGAAGCUACAUACUUGUAUAAUGAAGCGGCUUCUGUCAAGAACUGGCUGGCCAAGAGUUUAGAAAUGGAAGUAAAGAGGUGGACAGAAGAGAAAGAACCGGAAAAACUGGAUGGACGUUUUCAUAGUGAAUUAGCCAUAGAUGUCAUCCAGACUAUUCAUGGAGGACAAAAGCGAGCUGCAGAAAUUACACCUGAACUGGGCAACCAACUGUCCAUCGUACUGUUGGUGGAGCUGUCAACAUUUUUGAAAAGCUACAAGAAAGCCUUAGAAGAAUUUAAAGAGAAAAACAAGCAGCAUGGCUAUUUCAAGGCUAUGAUAAUUGCAAAUAUUAACAACUGCAUGAAUUUUAGAGACCACACGGAGAAAACCACGACAUCAGCACAAGACAGCACCAGAUUGAAAAUACUUGCUACGCUUCGUGAAAUAGAGAACAGUGGCUAUGAUGAACUGCUUCAAGAUUUGUUUCUGGAGUUAAAGCCUAUUUUUAGAAAGUUCACACAAAGUAAAUGGCUUUCGUGCAGUGAAACGAUGGAUGAAAUCAUUCAGGUCACCAGGAACCACCUUUCAGAAUUCAAGACUCUCCUCGACCCCUUUUACCAGGGCAUUAUGGAGAAGAUUCAUAGUCACUUGGUGAGAGAAUACAUUGUGAGGCUAAUGAAGAAGAAAGUCAGCUUGAAAACCCCAGAACUACAGCAAAACUUGUCAAAACUCAUUUCAGCUCAUGCCUCCCACUUGCAGAGCUUCUGCAAAGAAAAGGGGUCUAAGGCCACAUGGUUGGAUUCUGCACUCCCAAAACUGGCUGAAAUAAUCAUACUUCAGGAUUCAAGUGCCAUUAAAAUAGAAGUUGCUAUACUUGCUAAUACAUACCCAGAUAUCAGCAAAAAGCACCUUGCUGCCAUCUUGUACAUCAAGGGAAACUUGCCGAACAGUGAAGUAAGAAGCAUCCUGAGCAUCCUAGAUAUCAGCACAAAGUCCACCACUUCCUGUGAACCACUGUUCUCAGCUAUAAGGAUUUCCUAGGCUUGAUCCCAGCACUCAUACUCUAUGGGACUAUUUGCUAAACUAGUAAAAGUCACAGCAUGGGGCCAGAUUCAGCAGGCCUCAUGCAUGGGCCAUGCAGCUAACCAGUGCAUCAGCAUUUCUCUGCUGAAGUCCUUUUUUGUCAUUGUAAGAUUGACUCCCCUGUGGGAAGAGAUUUGCUCUGUGCUUAGCUACAAAGGGAUGGAAUCUGAUAGAGGGGUUGUGGCCUAGUUCUCUGAACAGCAAACAGAGCUCUCAAAUCAGACACUGACUCCCUCUGAGGUCUCAGGCAUAUCCCACUAUGCCUCAGUUUCCCCCUGGGUACAGUAGUACUCCACUCACUUCCCAGGAGCAUUGCAAGUAUUACCUAGCUAACUAAUUAUUUAGAUAAGAUCUAUAAAGCAUGGCUUGUCCUCUGUGGAGGAAGAGGCUCUUUACAUUUCAUUUUUUUCUUCCAAAAGCUUAGCAAAGUGAUUGGGAAAAAAAUAAUUUCAGAGCAUGCUCAGUAGAAAUCUGAUAGGUUUUCUUUUUAAUCAGAGGCUACGAAGCUGCAUUUUCUAUUAGAUCAGUAAGAUGUGGUGAAGGGGUCAGGAAGGAACAAAGUCUGUCCUCAGGCUAGCUUGCAGGAACAGUUUGGAUAAGGAAAGUUUUAAAGGGUCUCAUUGAAAGUUGUGACUGCAUGUGUUUCAAAAAGUGAAAUUGCCUUAUCAUGGACAAGAGAAAAGUCACAGCACAGAAAGCUGCCAAUCUUGGGACUUCAGGAGCUUUCUGCAUUUUGUAAAAUCCAAAUUUUAAUUUUUUUAAAAAUCUAGGUUUCUGCACCUUCCUUUUGUGAGGCUACAGUCAGCACAGUGUAAACUGAUGGGCUGCUUCCCAGCUAAGCAAGCCUUGCAGAAAGCAUUCCCUAGCUACACCAUAGCAGCCAGCCAAAGGUGGGACUUUAUCACUCCUAUACCCCAUUCACCUCCAUGAGGUGUGAAUUUCUAAGCCUGCUUGGCAAAUUAGCAUCCAGUCCUGCAAGUGCUUUGCACGCAGAGCUCCUAUCCGAGUUCUGUGUAGGAUUGGGAUUUUAAGUGCUCACAUUUCUGACUUUCUCCUGUUUAUAUUCAGUAGUUUUCCAGUGCUAUAGAUUAAGGGUUUCUAUAGCUAAUUAUACAUUGUAAUAGUUGUAGCCUAAGGCCCCAAUUCAGCAAAGCACUUACCUUGCUUACAUCCACAACAUUCAGCAAAGCAUGCAUUUCAGUUCUGUUGCUUUCAAUGGGAUUUGAACAUGUGCUUUAAGUGUUCAGGGGCCUAACUGCAUAAAUGCAACACACAUUUUGUGUUGUUUUAUAUAAAAUCUCUCUCUCUCAGUUGCCCUCUAUCCUGCUGUUGUUGGUCUAGACUAGAGCUGGAAAUACUAAUCUUGAGUAUGUUUUGAAAGCAAGUUUGUUUUCAAGACAAUCUUUUAGCCAGAGAAUUACCUAAAUAUCCAAGUUGUUGAAUCCCAAGACCUUUACCCUCUGUAGCAAACUGUAGAAAGCUCAUCUGCGAGGAGGAUGAAUGACUAUGGAAACUGUGAAAUGGCAGUUGCAGACAAAGCAUACUGGCAUUAACGUCCCUAUAAAACCACCUUUAAAUGUGACCACAAUUUGUGUAUGCUGCAUAUAAGCUUCUGCUUUCUAACCCUGAGGUUGUAUUCCCACAGGUGCUUGUAGGUCACUGGUGUAUUUUAGAAUCCAAUUUUACUUUCUCUAAUUAGUUAUCUUUGUAUGUAAUAUUUAUAUUUAAACAAUUUUAAAAUUAUGCUGGAAAUGUAGCUGACUUACCUCUGGUUGUGUGUAUGUACCAUAGGCAUGGGUAACCCUGUGGUAUUCCUUCAGAGAUGAUUCCCCUACUACUUGCACCCUGAUGAAUGUUAGGUUAGGGUUGCCAACUUUCUAAUUGCAGAAAAUCCCACCCCUUCUCAGAGCCCCGCCCCGCCCUUACUCAAUCCCUGCUUCCUCUGUCACUCGCUCUCCCCCACCAUCACUCGCUCGCUCAUUUUCACCAGGCUGGGGCAAGGGUGUGGGAGGGGGUAAGAGUUCUGGCUGGAGGUGCAGGCUCUGAAGUGGGGCCAGGGAAGAGGGAUUCAGAGUGCAGGAGGAGGAUCAGGGCUGGGGUAAGGGUGCAGGAGGGGGUGUGGGGUGCAGGUUCUGGGCCGCGCUGACCUCAGGUGGCCCCAGCAUUUCCCAGUGAUGGAGGAAGUACACGUGGCUCCUGGUAAGCAGUGGCAUGUCUCUCCAGCUCUUAGGCAGAUGGGCAGCCAGGAGGCUGUACACCGCCCCCACCCACAGGCACUGCCCCAAGUGCCGGCUCUACAGCUCCCAUUGGCCAUGGUGUUCCUGGCCAAUGGCAGCUGUGGAGCUGAUGGUCGGGGCAGCACACAGAGCCCCCUUCACCGCCCCUCCACCUAGGAGCCAGAGGCACAUACCGGCCACUUCCUGGGAGCCACGCAGAGCCAGGCACGGAGGCUGCCUGCUCAGGGUACCCAACCAGACUUUUAGCGGCCCUGUCAGCUGUGCUGACUGGAGUUGCCAGCAUUCCUUUUCGACCGGGCAUUCCGGUCAAAAACCGGAUGCCUGGCAACCCUAUGUUGGAGUCAAGUGCCUAGUACAUUGAGGGUACUACUGGAAUACAAAUAAAAGAAGCUGGUAUUGCAGGGCCACAUGCUAUGUGUGUGUAUUGUUAGUGCAUACUCUGCCUUAUUCAUUUGAUACCGUAGCCUGGCUUCCUAUGGUCUUGGGAGUAGGGACUGUCAUUUCCUGUAUGUUUGUGUAGGACCUAGCACAGUGGUGCCCAGCCUAGGUGUAACUGAACUAUAAGCGUUGAAUAAUAAAGACAGAUCAGUAUAUUUUCUGAGGAUACAUUUGUGACAGGUUGGACCCCCUUAAGAUGCCACCUGAUAUGCUGAGAUAGCACUGAGCCUGCCUCUUAUGCCAGCUUGGGCACCCUUUUUACCUGUCUUGCUGAGCUAGGCUAUUAAGCCUCCUCCAGCAAACACACAGGCAGGGCCACACCCAACUACAGAACGAAACAAACAGUUCUGGGAAGGAUCAUCUUAAGGGACUUGCCUCAGCACACAGGUGUCCACCUCCCUGGGAAUGCAGACCCAAAGAUAUAUUAUGAAAUCUGCCUCCUCCCUCAGUGUGGAGGAAGGUAUGCACAACUUCUCGUGUCCCCCCCUGGUUAGACAUCACACAAACUGGGUUUAAUAAUAAACAAAAACAAUUUUAACUGUAAAAGGCAGAUUUUUAAGUGGUUAAAGAGAUAGCAAACAGAACAAAGCAGAUUACUAAGCAAAUGAAACCAAACACGCAAACUAAACUAGUUUCACUAAAGAAAUUGGUUACCAAUAAUAUUUCUCACCCUAGAUAUUGUUGCAGGCGGAUUACAGAAAGUCUUGAAAGGCAGCUGCACUGGUCUCCCUCUUGAGACCUCAGGUAUUAUUACUCACAAGCUAGGUGCCCUUCCAGCUUGGGUUCAACCCUUCUCCCCUCAGUUCAGUUUUUGCUUCCAGGUCUUUUUCAGUGUCUCUUUUGCAGGGGGGGGAGGCAGAGGAGAACCAUGAUGAUGUCACUCCUCUGCCUUAUAUAGCUCUUGUGUAAGGCGGGAUCCCUUUGUCUUCUAGUGGAAAACCACUGGCAUUCCAAAAGGGGAGGAGGGGUAUCCAGGACCAGGUGACUUGGACCCUGGUCUCUGCAUGGCUGUGGCAGCCAUUGCUUGUAGGCUGUCUCCACUGUCCACAGGAAGACUAAGCUCUUUCACAGUCCAUUGUCUCUGCUAAUUGCCCAUGAGCCCUGUCUGGCUUUUCCAUUGUUGUACCUGAAGUGGUAGCAGUGGGCAUCACGCAAAGUACAAUCGUUGAAAUAGAGAUACAUAAUCAAUAUUCCUAACUUCAGAUACAGAAAUGAUACAGGCAUACAAAUUGGAUAAUCAAAUUCAGUAAAUUAUAACCUUUCUAAUGAUACCUUACAAGACCCAUCUUGCAUAAAGUACAUUUCAGUUAUGUCAUAUCAUAAGCACAUUUUCAUAAAAAUAUGGAGUGAAACAUCACAACACUUAAUUCUUGUUAUUCAUGCACACCCAUAUUUCCAAUUUGUAUUCUUGUGUGGCUGAAAGUACAGUUCACCACAUAUUGACAGGUUUCAGAGUAGCAGCCGUGUUAGUCUGUAUUCGCAAAAAGAAAAGGAGUACUAGUGGCACCUUAGAGACUAACCAAUUUAUCUGAGCAUAAGCUUUUGUGAGCUACAGCCCACAAAAGCUUAUGCUCAAAUAAAUUGGUUAGUCUCUAAGGUGCCAUUAGUACUCCUUUUCUUUUCACCACAUAUUGUCAUUUGUGCUCCUAGGCCCAACCUCCAUGCUGAGGUUGCUAAACUUCCAUGGAAGCAGUCUCUGACUCCCUAGUUACUGUCAAAAAGAAGAUACACUGAAAGAUGAAAAGUUGGCUAGAGGGAUCAGCCACCAUUUCACUGCCACAAUUUACAACUGCCCCUCCCUAAAGAUGGCAGUCACGUGCCUGACUGAUCCUAAAGGACUAAACACCGUGGGUCAAUCAGGCUCUCAGUAACAGACAAUUCCAAUUGAAACCGAUGGGAAUUAUAUCCAUUUUAAUAGCAAACAUCAGGUCCCAGAGAGCUCGACCAGCCAUUACUGAAUGUUGUCAACAUGGCUGAAAAAGCAACACCAUAAAAAAUUUCAAAUGCUGUGACAGUUUUUGGGGCAGCCAGGACUGUCACCCCCUGCCAUCAGUGUGCGGGAGUCUUGCCUGGGCCUGGCUGGGUGUCAGCUCCCUACUACCAGCACCCUUUCGGCUACUCAAACACUCUCCUCUGGGCUAUGCUAUCCCUGUCUUCACCUUGCAGGUUAACAAUAGAUGCCCCCCCAUCCCUGAGUCCCUUUGAAUCAUUCCCCUGUGAACUCCAUCCCCUGACACUGGCUACUCACAGAAGUACCAGCUCCUGCACACCCAAAGGUGCAGUUUACCCCAAUUCACAGUUUUAUCUUAAACCACCACUCCUGUAAACUACAUAGCACUUACAAUCAAACCAAAGUAGGUUUAUUUAAGACAAUGUAAAGAUUUAACUAGAAUUGAGAGUAAGUCAUGGAAACAAAUGGUUACAAUACAAGGCAAAAAAUCAAAGACUGUGAAUCUGGAUCUACACUUAUCAAUAGUUCCCUUUCCUACCUCAUAAAGUAGGGUGUUCCCCUCCUCCCCCAAAGUUCAGGCUGUUGAAAAGUUGGCUGGUUUCCCAAGAAGCAGGAUAUUCAUGAAACACCGCCCCUCCACAAGGGGGUUUCUCAGUGAAGAGUGCUUCGCCCACCUCUACAUUAUACUGAAAACAGCCUUUUGUUUCUAUUCACAGACAGGGUGAACCCUUGGCUUACUGUAAAGUUCCCUUUUUAGCUUCAGAUGGUUUUGGUUGUUUGCAUUUACCUCUGAUGGUCUCCUAGGAAAGUCCUAGUACUGUGCAAGGCGAAACAUUGAGCCUUGCACUGCAUCACCAACCAACCAGGGUGAUAACUCCAAACGUGAUGGAAUGGACCAUCACUAAGACACAUUAUCCCUGGUGACUAUUUUUACUCCAAGUGCAUAAAACAUACUUUCAAUAUAAAUACAUUAUUUCUUAACUAUUACCUGUACAUAUGUUCACAAUUAUUACAAAUCUUGACAAGUUAUGAGCUUUCUGUAGAUACCUUGCAUAUUACUCUUUAUGCAUAAAUAUCCUGUAAGAUGUA